CAGGCCUGGGCGGGGCGGGAGGCGGAGGCGCCGCGUAGGCCCGGGAGGCCGGGCCGGCAGGGCUGCGAGCCCUUGCCUCAUGCGCCGCCGCCUCCCUGCACGAUGUUCCCCUCGCGGAGGAAAGCGGCGCAGCUGCCCUGGGAGGACGGCAGGUGGGAUAUCACCCCAUAUCCAUCUCUCCAGUCUCUACCCUGUCCCCAGAAAAAGCCCAGAGGGCAAGGGAGAAUCUAUAGAGGUUCCAGCCUUCCCAGGCCACUCUCAGGACUGGGCUGUGCUCCUCUCCAGCCGAAACCACCACCACAGGAUAAUGGGGGGUCCCGGCGGCUCUCUGGCGGCCUCCCUCGAAAAUGCUCCGUCUUCCACCUCUUCGUGGCCUGUCUCUUACUGGGCUUCUUCUCCCUACUCUGGCUGCAGCUCAGCUGCUCUGGUGACGUGGCCCGGGCAGCCAGGGGACAAGGGCAGGAGACCUCCGGUCCUCCCCGAGCCUGCCCCCCAGAGCCGCCCCCUGAGCACUGGGAAGAAGAUGCAUCAUGGGGCCCCCACCGCCUGGCAGUGCUAGUGCCCUUCCGUGAACGCUUCGAGGAGCUCCUGGUCUUUGUGCCCCACAUGCACCGCUUCCUGAGCAGGAAGAAGGUCCAGCACCACAUCUACGUGCUCAACCAGGUGGACCACUUCAGGUAGCGCCUGCCCCCACCUCCUCCCCUCCCGGCACCCCUUUCCUGGGCUCAGGCUUCUCAGGGCCUGUGAGAGGCCACCUGGGGCUGGGGGCAGGAGGGCGGAGGGUGGCAGGCCCCUCUCAUUGAGUGUGACGGGAAUCUUUGGAGAGGGCCCUGAUCUAACUGCCAUUUUGAAGAGCUCACUGUGGCUGCUGUGUGUGGAAUCGAUUAUACCAGGGUAAGAGGAGAAGCAUGGAGACCAGUUAGGUGGUUACUGCUGUGGUCUGAGAUGACAGUGGCUUGAUGGUGU